GCGCAGCCUCUGAAGCUCUAAGCUGGAUUCCCGUCAUCAACAUCAUCACCCCAGCCAUCAGGCCUCUUUCAACAUGUUCGGUGGAAAUUUCUACGACGACGAGGUUAUGGUCCCUAGCUACCACCCACGCAACCGGCGCUUUGAUGAAUUCCUCCGCUGCUACCCCAUCGUCAUGAUGUCGGGAGCGGAGCGCGCGGAGUUGAACUUCGGUGGGAAAGUCAUCAUGCCGCCGUCUGCCCUGGAUAAGUUGUCGCGGCUGCACAUCGCCUAUCCGAUGCUGUUUGAGCUGAGGAACGGGUCGAAGGAUAAAGUCACUCACGCGGGUGUGUUGGAGUUUAUUGCGGAAGAGGGGAGGGUUUACUUGCCACAUUGGAUGAUGAAAACCCUCCUCCUAGAGCCUGGCGAGCUCCUCCAAAUUAAAUCCACCGACCUCCUCGCGGGGACAUUCAUAAAGCUCCAACCCCAGUCGACGGCCUUCAUAACGUCCAUUACAGAUCCCAAAGCAGUCCUUGAGAAUGCACUGAGAACUUUCUCUGCACUGACGGUUGGCGAUGUAUUUUCCUUCUUUUACAACGACCAGGUCUUCGAUAUUGCUGUGUUGGAGGUCAAGCCAGAGACCAAGAUGAAGGCCAUAACAACCAUUGAAACGGAUAUAUCUGUCGACUUUGCUCCCCCGGUCGGGUACGUCGAGCCUAGCCGUGCUCCGCAGCCAUCAAGACCCGGAAGCGUGGUUGGGGGGAGAAACAUAACACCAUUGGGCGAAACAGGCAGCAUGGCCAGGAGCAUAAACUAUGCAGCUAUUGCCCCGUCUGGCGCCGUCAUCACCGCCGCCCCCGGAGCAAAGCAAUCCUUCUUCGCAGGAGGCGGCGGUCAAAAGCUCAAGGGCUCGAAAGCUAACACUCCAAGGGAUAAGCCUAGCACCCCUGUCGCCGGCGUUUCCUCGAAUCCCCCGCCACUCGCCAUCCCCGCACCAACUAUUAGGAGAGGCACAGGCCCGCAACCGCUCCGCCUCCCCCCCGGACAACUAUUCUUUGGGUACGAGAUCAAGCCCGUGAAAAAGAAGGAUGGUGGGCAAGGCGAGAAGAAGGAGAGCAUGUUUUCGGGAUCCGGACAGACGUUGAGGGGCGGUAACGCCGGUGGGAGAAAGAAAAGGGGGGAUGAGGCGGGCAAGGGAAAGGGAAAGGGUCUGGAGGUCAUUGAAAUUGAUUGAUUAGUUUGGGGGGGGUGUUGCUUCUUUCCUUUUAUCUCUUUGUGAUAGGGAAUAGAUAUGGUCGGGGCCGCCGUCGGCGUGUGUUUGACAAUUAAUUCA